ACAAUCCCUACUGCCACUGCGAUGACGACUGCAAUCUUCUCUACCGAAGAUUUAAAGAUAGAUGUGCAAUUCUUCCCUCAUCACACCCAACAUCGUCCCCUGCGCAACAAUGGCACGCCAUAUAAGUACUAUACCACCGCGGUACAGCAAUGGAGGCGAGUGAAAGUCCUCGGAAAAGGAGGGUUUGGAAUGGUAUGGCUGGAGAAGAACACCGCAGGGGGGUUAGGGGAGGAGAGGGCCGUAAAGGAGGUUUCGAAGUUCGCCACGGGGCGCAUUGCGACAGAUUAUAACAAGGAGCUAGUGGCGCUUGCUAGGCUUUCACAGUACGAUGAGCAUUUCGUCAAUUUUAUGGGCUGGUACGAGAAUGAACACACCAUCUUCCUUGCCAUGGAGUAUUUUCCCCUUGGCGAUUUAGCAGCCUGCGUGACGGGCCCGUUGAGCGAAGAUGCAGUGAAAGAAGUCACGGUCCAACUAAUCGAGGGAUUGAAUGUCAUGCACACUCACGGCUUUGCGCACCGUGAUUUAAAGCCACAGAAUAUCUUCGUGCUAUCAACAACCCCAAAAUGGCGCGUCAAGAUUGGAGACUUCGGCAUAAGCAAACGUACAGUCCACAAUGAUGCUGCGCUUACUACCGCCAUUGGCAGCAUAGGCUACGUUGCCCCAGAGAUUUUAGGCUGCAUUGAGAACGAAAUCAGUCCCAAGAAAAGUUACAGCAAUGCCGUUGAUAUCUGGUCACUAGGUUGCGUCGUCUACUGGAUGCUGACUACCACAGUUCCGUUUACGACAAUGAGAGAUUUGUUCCUAUUCAGUGAGGGCUCCACUCAGUUUCCAUCUUCGUUGCUAUUUCAAUGCGGGUUGAGUGUUCUUGGCCAUCAGUUUCUCAAAAAUGCAAUGGCGUUGCAGCCUGCCCGCCGCUUCAAUGCCAAAGAGGCCUUGCAACAUCCCUGGCUAGUUGCUUCUCAACCCGCACAGAAAGACGAUAGCCUUUUGGAAACAUCCUUUGUCGGGAUUCUCUUCAGCAACCUAAACCGCGGCGGCGUUCUAGCCAUCUCUCCAGAUGGUCGGACAAUAGCAUUCGGCCUACGUGAGCGAAACGUACUUGCCCUUUGCGAUGCCAAAACAAGAGGCCCCCGCCUCACUCUUCAGGGUCACGCAGAAUACUUACUCACCGCGAAAUUCUCCCCUGACGGAAAAUCCAUCGCCACUGCAGGUGGGGAUCGCAACGUCCUUGUAUGGGAUACGGAAACAGGCGCGAUGCGCCACAUCUUCAGGGGCCAUUUUGACACCAUCAACGACCUGUCAUUCUCGCCAGACGGCUCCCUCCUCGCCUCUGCUUCGGACGACCGCACAGUCCGGAUCUGGGAUGUAUGGAGAGGAAGACUAAGAAAUGUGAUCAAGGGCCACUACGGCUCUGUGUCGGGCGUUGCUUUCUCUCCCGUUGGCUCCAUGCUAGCGACCGCCUCGUCCGCUGGGGUGUGGCUCUACCUCUCUCUGACGGGCAUGCUGGACAGAAAAUUAGAGGGUCCAACCGGGCAAACCCAUCUAAAAGUAUCUUAUUCCCCUGAUGGCAAGCUAAUCGCUGCCUCGUUGUGGGAUAACCAGAACACUGGCAACUUCAUCCUGCUGUACGAUUCCAACACCGGCCAGGUUUUGCACAAGCUUACUGGUCAUACAAAUGUAAUAUCUAGUAUCGCUUUCUCAAACGACGGAUCGCUCCUGGCGUCCGCCGCAUGCGAUAACACAGCACGACUAUGGAGCACUGCAACAGGGUCGUCAAGGGGAGUAUUGAAGGGGCACACUAAGAGCGUAUGGGGUAUAGAAUUCGGGCCCGCUGGUCAGCAUGUAGUGACUGCAUCAGAGGAUGGAACGGUGAGGGUGUGGGAGUUGCGGGGUGAGAAGCGCCCGGGGAAAGAGAUAGUAGGCGGGGCUCAGGGUGGGGAAGAGAUUGCAGAAGGAACGGUGAAGCCCAAAAAGGGAGCUCGCGUAGGCAUUUUUGAUUUGGCGAGCAAAACCUCGACUGAAAGAGCAGCGGAUAUGCUACGGCCGGGCAAGAUAAAGGCUUUCUGCUGGGUCGCUGUAGCUAUGCUAAGUAGUCUACUACUAUCAGAGCCUUGGAAUAGCAGAGUGUUUUUCGGGAUGUUGAUAUCUUACAUAGCAUUCCUCUACUUUUCUGUACAAUGAGAUACAUAAGCACUUAUGUGUAUAUAGUAAUACGCCUCUCGUACUUCC